AUGGUGCAGGAUUUCCCCUCAUGGUUUCAACACAGUCUUGUUUCUCUUAAGUCUCUGCAAGUAGGCUACAAUAGAAUCGAUAACUUCAGCACUGCUGCUGACCAGCAGGAGUCUGUUUUCAAACAGUGCUGUCGAUCUUUCGUAAUCUUCCAUCUGCGAUCAUUGACACUGUUGGAUGGCCAGAUUGUUGUACCUGAGGAGCGGAAAGAGGCUGAUUGUUGGUUCGAGCAAAGUGAGAUAUCGCGCAUCAACAGUCAAUUGGAAUCGAGAGAGGCCGAGGUGGCGGACCUCUCGGACUGUUUGGCACGCCUAUCGAUCGAGGCGGAGGGACGUGGGGCCCUCGCUGAAGGAUUGGCCAGACAAAAGGCUGAACAGGACCUGAGGCUGGAGGAAAUGCGAAAGGAGCUUGCAGUCAAGGAUGAACUGCUUCGUGCCAAGUCGGACGAACUGCUGCGCGCCUGUCUGAAGCAUUACGAAAUAGAGCAGGAGUUGGCCUUCUAUAAAAUAGAUACCAAACUCGCAGCCUUCCUUGGAAAACCGCCUGAUGUGAAUGCCGGUGGCGAAGGCGGCUACCAUCGGUUGGAUACUCAGGCAGUGGUGCGUUUGCAAUGUCAUCAUAAAUCCCUCGAUUUAGGCAGCUAUAUUCUUGAUCAGGACCAGAAUGGGGCUCCUUUCCCUCCUGCCGCUAACACCUCACAUCUGAUGCUUUUAGAAGCCUUUCCAUAUCCCUUUUAUGGCCUCCCAUGA